AUGAGGGAGACGCCCGCGCUGCCCGGCACCCCCGCCGCCGUGCCCGGCUUCCUCGCCAAGCUCUGGGCGCUCGUGGAGGACCCCACGAGCGACGCCGUCAUCUGCUGGAGCCGGAAUGGUGAAAAUUUCUGUAUUCUGGAUGAGCAGAGGUUUGCUAAGGAGCUCCUUCCCAAAUACUUCAAACACAACAAUAUCUCCAGUUUCAUACGUCAGCUUAACAUGUAUGGAUUCAGGAAAGUGAUUGCACUGGAGAAUGGUAUGAUUACAGUGGAGAAAAAUUCGGUCAUUGAGUUCCAGCAUCCUUUCUUCAAGCAAGGGAAGGCACACUUACUGGAAAACAUCAAGCGCAAGGUUUCUGCAGUAAGAACCGAAGAUCUCAAGGUCUGUGCAGAGGAUUUACACAAAGUGCUGUCUGAAGUCCAGGAAAUGCGAGAGCAGCAGAACAACAUGGAUGUCAGACUGGCUAAUAUGAAGAGAGAAAAUAAGGCCCUGUGGAAAGAAGUGGCAGUUCUAAGGCAGAAGCACAGUCAACAACAGAAGCUGCUGUCUAAGAUUCUUCAAUUUAUACUAAGUUUGAUGCGAGGAAAUUAUAUUGUUGGGGUCAAGAGAAAAAGGUCUCUGACAGACGCUGCAGGUGCUUCCCCUUCCAAAUACAGUCGCCAGUAUGUUCGCAUUCCUGUGGAGAGUGGCCAAGCAGUGACUUUUUCUGAACAUAGUUUGGAUGGUGGAGAUGGAAAUGGUACAGGUCUUAUCAUUCGAGAUAUCACUGACACUCUGGAUAAUGCCACUGAUGGGCUUCUUGCUCUGGCCCAUACAAGUAGCAAAGCCAGAGACACACAAACAACUCUGGAUCCAGGCUUACCUAUUUGUCAAGUAUCACAGCUGGUUGAGCCGAACUGUGCAGAACCUGUGCCUCCUAUUCAGAUAAAAGAUGCUAACAACUCCAGUGAAAUAGGAAGUGAUGCUGUGGAGCUCCAUACAGCACAAACUAAUACUCCAGAAGACCCCGUGUCAGUGAUUGACUCCAUAUUGAAUGAAAACAAUUCUGGAAACCAAAAUGAUCCUUUACUGGACAGGGAAGAAAUCCAGGAUUUUCUAAAUUGCAUUGAUGCCAGCCUUGAAGAGCUCCAAGCAAUGCUCUCUGCCAAGCAGUAUAACCUUGGUUCUGAAGCCUUCACUGAAACAUUUAACCCUGAGCUGCCAGCCCUGGAUAUGAAUUUGAUGGAAACUUCCCCUGGUAUGGAAAAUAUUGCAAACCUGGCAGACAGCACUGAAGAUCUAGGACCAAAUGAGAGAGAAACAGCAGGAAACAAAGAUAUGCAGCUGAUACAGUACAAGGCCAAUCCUCUGCUUUCAUUAUUUGAAGAAUUAUCCUCGGGCGAAGCAGUGGGAAAAACAGAAGAUCCAAAGGACCUUUUACUGGCUCCCCUGGAGGAGAAAGCUGAAGGAAGAUGGAGAGCAGGUAGUGAAACUGUCUUGCCAUUAGCAGCUCCAGCAAACCAGGCUGAGCCUCUUGAUGCCGUAGGAAUGGGUGAUCCACCUCUCCUCUCAGAGGAUGGGAAUGGAGAGUAUAAACUGUUUCCACUUUUGAUGCUCAGUCCUGUUGCUAACUUCAUAGAAGAGGCCUCUGAGAUAGAACCUUCCUGAACUUGUGUAACAUCUAUAACUGGCUGAGCAAUGUAAAAUAGGUAACAAAGAUAUAUGGAUCAGCGAGAAGUUUCAUCUUCUCUCUCCUCUCCUGCCUCUUGGGUGUCAUACUCUGUAUAGGCAAAAGAAGGUCCUCUUUCUGCAAGCGGAGAGCAAGCCGGGAAAAGAUGAAAUCAAGGUCAAAGCAAGAACUAAUGGGACUGAAGGCACUGGGAGGAGGGAGAAACAACUUCCCUGUAAACAUUAUUGCAAUGUAUUCUGUAACUGUUUUUAUCUGAUACUCUUACUGCAACUGCAAGAGGAAAUCUGUUUGUAUGCUGUUUGUAAAGUUUGGCUGUUUUUUGUUUUGUUAGCUGGAUAGUAGUGUGGUGUGUGGUAUUUUAAAAAUAGGUUUUAUUCUUUCCGAAAGCCUCUUUCAAUAUGUGGCUUGUCUACAAAUUGUGUAGCUUUUGUUUGACUGUUUUACUUUAAAUCCUGAGGGUUUUUUGUUUUUUUUUUUUUAAUAUUUUGUGGCUAUAAUGUUUGCACCUGCUUAGAGCGCUUUCCUACUCCUAGACUAGCUCCUAGGUACUGGCAACAUUUUUUCCUAUGGAAAAAUGCAUUUUAAUUGUGGAAUAUUAUUUUUUAACAUGCUGACAUGUGUCCAUUGCCAUGGAUUUUAGCUGUUAUGGUAGGAAAUGCUUUCCAUCCUGCAUAAAGCGGAUUUCUCAUGCACAUUGCAUGGCAGUUCUUCUAGGGUAACUUGCAGUUAGCACACAGGCCACUUGUUCUCAAUAAUUUUGAACUGAUCCUUUCAGGAGAUGCUUACCAAAGUCCAGCAGCUGUCCUUGAAACUAGAGUGAAGAAAAAGGAGUAAUGGAGUAAUUUGCUUUGACAUAGGACAGGAUUUUGAGACUUCUCUUCUGCUUGCAGUUGCUACUUGUUUACCUAUCCCUAUAUGAGCAUUGGACUUUACUGCAUUUUCUGCUUGUGGGGUCUUACGGAUAAAUUUACAAGAUGUGUUAAACUGCAAUAAAUUGCAAAAAAUAGUGUCUGCUUAACCAAAAACCCUUUUCCCCAAAAUUCCUUCCUAUGCUGUUCUCCUACCCUGUUCUGCUAGAAUAAAGUUCUGCACUAGGCUGACCUUCUGCAGCUUCCGUUUCCUGAAGAAACUAGGUGGGAAUGUAGUUCCUGCUGUGGAUUCUCAUCAUAUUGUUCCAUGAUGGAGUCAUCACACUGCAGCUCACUGUCAGAUAUUUAACUACCUAAUAGUUUUUUUAAAUUCACUUUAUCUCUUAGGAAGAUAGGAAACCAAGAUUUAGAAAACUGCAGAUAGGAACUUAUGCUGCUGUAUCUGGUUCAUGUACUGGUUUAGGAAAAGUGUGUAUUUAUGCAAGUUUACUAACAGAUUGCAAUAGAAAAGGGACAGCUAAACAGCAAAGAAAAAAACAAGCUAAAGCAAUUAAACUCAUGGAUUACAAAAUCAGUGCUUGUUUCUUGUAUAUUAUCUUUUGUCUGUGUGUGCUAACACGUUUCCCAAACAAGGCUACUGCAAGAGCUGUAUUGCUUUUCAAGGAGUCUCCUUAAGCAGCUGCUGCUAUCGAUUUGCAUUGAACUGGAGCCUGGCACCUGAGUUUUCAAUCUGCCAGCCUGCAGAAGAUGGAAGAUUGGUCUUGUUCUUAACCUGUUUGCAACCACAGUGGAAUGAAGGCUUUUGGCAAUGGGACUGAGCGCCACUGAGAGUGUAGGGCCAGGCUGGCUUGGGAGUUUGUACAUCUGUAGGUGGCAGCUUGCCAGGUGCUGGCCCUCCUGGCUGGUGCACAAGUCCAGGACACUCUAUUGCAGCGUUCUUGAGGAGGGACUUGUAGUAGAGCGCUCUCUAGUUGACAACUGAACGUCCUAAUAGAUUGUGUGCUGUAAAAUGGCAAUUCCAACCCU